AUGGUAGUACUGACUAGUUUCUUGAUCAGUUACCGUCUCAAUUGUUGCCGGGACGAAGCUGCUGUUGCUCGACAUGUCCUAAUCAAGCUUAGAUUUCAUUUUAAGGAAGUUGUGCCUUGCAAUUUAGAGAAUCACAGGAUAUAUAUAAUCUCGAAUCGUUUUCAGAAGAUAAUUCUGGUAAUGAUCUGUGACAUGGUAUUCUCCGGUGAGCGUCCAUGGCUAUUCGUCGGUUUAGCAGUUCUACUUGCUCUCUUAGUCACAAAUGCUAAUGGUGAAGGACACCACAUUUUUUAUGAGUGGCAUGUUGCAAUUGAUACAACAAUCAAACCAGUGUCUUUAGCCCAACCGGUUAUUACCAUCAAUGGAUUGUUCCCUGGACCCCUAAUCAACGGAACGACCAACGAUAUUGUUCAUGUCAAUGUUUUCAAUCAGAUGGAUGAGCCUCUACUCCUUACAUGGAAUGGCAUACAACAAAGAUUGAAUUCAUGGCAAGAUGGAGUGUCUGGCACAAAUUGUCCAAUCCUACCAGGUAUGAACUGGACUUAUGUGUUUGUGCUCAAGGACCAAAUUGGUACCUUCUUCUACUUCCCAUCCCUCAGUUUCCAGAAAGCUGGAGGAGGUUUUGGUCCGAUCAGAAUCAAUAACCGGACGGUGAUUGAAGUACCAUUCCCUAAACCAGAAGCUGAAUUUGAUCUUCUUAUUGGGGAUUGGUCUGGUACUAGUUACAAGAAAGUUAGGUCCUUGAUAAAGACUGGAGACUUCUUGUUCCAAACUGUCAUACCUAAUUGGAUGCUCAUGAAUGGUAAAGGACCAUAUAAGAACCCUAUGUCUAAAACUUACGAGUCAUUUACGGUAACAAAAGGGAAGACCUACCUUUUCCGGAUAUCGAAUGUUGGGAGUGCAUGGAGCUUCAAUUUUAGGAUUCAAAACCAUAGAAUGGUGUUGGUUGAGACAGAAGGGUCUUACACUAAUCAAAUAACAUUGGACUCUCUUGACGUUCAUGUUGGGCAAUCUUACUCUGUCCUAGUCACAGCUGAUCAAGAAAUCAAGGACUAUUACAUUGUGGCUAGUCCUAAAAUGUUUCAAGCUUCUGAUUCAAGCAGCAUUGUGGGUGUAGGGGUUCUACACUAUGACACAUCUGCAAUCACUCCCACUGGUCCUCUCCCUUUUGGACCUGAUCCAUUUGAUCUAGUAUUCUCAAUUAUUCAAGCUAGGUCGAUUAGGUGGAACAUAACAACAGGGGCAGCAAGGCCUAAUCCACAAGGAACCUUCAAUGUAUCAAAUGUGACACUGUCACAAACCUUCAUCCUUCACGGAUCAAAUGCGACUAUUGGUGGUUCACCUCACUACACAGUCAACAAGGUGUCUUACCUUACGCCUGAUACCCCACUGAAACUGGCUGAUAAGUUUUCUGACGGGGUCGGUGUUUAUGUACUUGACCAAUUCCCGACUAACACUACCAAUGCUGGCGAUGCUAUUGGAACUUUUGUUGCAAGCGGGAUCCACAAGGGGUGGAUUGAACUUGUAUUCAAGAAUGAUUUACUGGUUAUGGAUUCUUGGCAUUUGGAUGGAUUUGGAUUCUUUGUUGUGGGAUUUGGUGAUGGAGAAUGGAUACCUGCUUCUCGUUGGACAUACAAUCUCUAUGAUCCUGUUGUUCGCUCUACUGUUCAGGUAUAUCCUGGAAGAUGGACUGCAGUAUAUGCAUAUCUUGAUAAUCCAGGAAUGUGGAACCUGAGAUCUGGAAGCCUGAAGAACUGGUAUCUCGGGCAAGAGCUGUACAUUAGAAUUUUUGAUCCCGAUAACAACACGGCCAAGGAAGAACCACCGCCGGAUAAUCUCAUUCUGUGCGGGAAGUACAAGGUUUUACCCCCAGCUCCUGCACCAUCUCCGCCCACCAGCGCAAUAUCUGCGCCAGCAUUCACGCCAACGCCAUGGUAAUCAAAAUCUUGAACCAUGACGACGAUGAUGAUAAGAUAAUAAUAAUAAUUCAUGCCAUAUAUAUUUCAUGUGAGAAGCUGAAGCAGAUGUAAUCUAACUUUGGCAAAUUUUCAUUUUCUUCUGUUUUUGACUUUUUUUUUUUUUGCUUUAUAAAUUUAUACAGUUUGCUUUUCAGAAAAAUUUACAAGAACUUGUAAAAGAUAAAGAAAUACUAAUUCAAUUGUAUUAUUAACAAUGUUUUUG